GCAAACAAUAGCAUUUGCAUUUGCAUUUGCGCUCACACACUCUUCUCUCUCUCUCUCACUCUCUCACACACACAGCUUUUUCUUCUUCUUCUCCUUCUCCACAGAACACAACAAUGGAUCUCCAAAGUCUCAACCACAACAAUAAUGGCCAAGACCCAAACUUUGACACAAACUCAGACCCUCCAAACCCCACCAAUGCAACAAACGAUGAAACCCAAGAACCCAAACUCAGUUUUGAAGACUUUGAUAGCACUUGUUCCACUCCAUAUGUAAGUGCACCCUCUAGUCCAGGGCGUGAUGGCCCUGUGAUAAGUGGCUUCUUUUAUAGUGCCCCAGCAAGCCCAAUGCAUUACUUUGCACUCAGCUCAGCUUUGUCAGCAUCAAAGACACCAACUUCAGCUCAGUCUUCUUCAUCAAUGGAUGAUUUUGAGUUCUCAGCAAGGUUUGGUUCAAGUGGGUUUGGUGGAACUGGGUCUAUGAGCUCAGCUGAUGAGUUAUUCUUGAAUGGUCAGAUCAGACCCAUGAAGCUCUCCACACACUUAGAGCAGCCUCAGGUUUUAGCUCCAUUGUUGGAUCUUGAAGCUGAAGAAGAUGAUGGUGUGAGAGGCAGAGAUCUAAGGCUACGUGAUAAGUCUUUGCGUAGAAGAACUAGAUCUAUGUCACCACUCAGAAACACAGGGUUUGAGUGGUCAGAAAAUGAAGACAGAGAUGCAACUAUAAAGAACAAAGAUAGUGAUGGUUUGGAAGUGGAAGAAAGUGAUGAGAGAGAGAAGAUUGAUUGUUCAGAGGCUACUACUCCUUCAGUUUCAGCUUCAUCUUCAAGAUCUUCUUCAGCUGGAAGAAGCUCAAAGAGAUGGGUUUUCUUGAAAGAUUUUCUUAGGAGUAAGAGUGAAGGAAGAAGCAACAACAAGUUCUGGUCUACUAUCUCUUUUGUUCCCACAAAAGAAAAGAAAUCAGCAAACCAACCAGUACUUCCAAAAGAUAAGGAUAGCAAGCUGAAUAGUACUUCGGCUAAUACUAAAGGAAAUGCACAAACUUCAGCUAAGAAAUCAGCAGGAAGGUUUGCCAAUGGAAUUGGUAAAAGGCGUGUGCCACCUUCACCACAUGAAUUGCAUUACAAAACUAAUAGGGCUCAAGCUGAGGAGAUGAAGAAAAAGACUUUCCUGCCUUAUAGGCAAGGGUUACUUGGUUGCUUGGGGUUCAGUUCAAAAGGUUAUGGGGCUAUGAAUGGGUUUGCUAGAGCUCUAAACCCAGUCUCCUCCAGGUAAAUCUAUCCGUGUUGUUGGGGUUUCAAGAUAAAAAAAAAUUGUAUAGAUUUUUUUUUGUUUUAUGUUUAGGAUUUUUAUUAUUAUCUAUAUGUAUUUAUCGUUGGAGAAGCUGUCCCCAAUUAAACGAGGUUGAUGAAAUUAUGGGGUUCCUUUUGUCCCCAAUUCGCCUUGUGUUAAGGGUCAAGUAGUGUGGAAUAUCCACCUAUAGUGCACUUUCUAUCAGUCUUUGAUAUGGUACUUUCUCUCUCAUAGGGUUUGUUGUAAAGCUAUGAGGAAGAUAUAUGAUCAAAAAUCUUGUUCCUUAUGGUUACUCAAGUAACAGCCUAUAAAAAGUUAAAUCAAAGUUAAAUGUAAUUAUUGUGCUAAUAA